GGGAAUAGCUAUUGUUAGCUGUGUUUUGGUUUGCCAUGAUGGCUUUGUUUAAUGAGAGAGGGUUUGGGUUGUAUUUUGUGAUAUUGGUCGGUCUUAUAGCUGGGGAUAUGUCCCAGUUUUAUGAGUUUUCUUAUGAUUGUUUUCAGUAUCAUGUUGAAGUGAAUUUUCAAGGUGUCCAUGGCUGGAAUAUUAGUGUAUUGGAUUACUCUGAUAUGGCAACCCCACUCUCUAGGGUGUCUCCAAAUUGUGGUUUGAUCUCGUAUGGAAACAGAAAUGAAGGCUGGCUGAUUGUUUUGUCCACUUAUACUGGUUGCUAUGUUCAGGAGAAUUUUCCCCAAGGGAUAACCCUGCUGUUUGAACUGCGGUCCCUACAAAACCCUGAGAAAAGGAAAGCUACUGUAGAGUGCAAUGACUGGCCACCACAGCGAGGGGAGAUGGCAGACUCUGCAUCUCGCCACUGGAGGCGAAUUAACUUAAAGCAGUCAGCUGAUCAGUAUGAAGAUAAAAUGUGCUCUAUCCCUCCAAGCAGAAGAGUGUCCUGUGGCUCUGCUGACAUCACUGAGAAUGCCUGUCUAGAGUCUGGAUGUUGCUAUGCACCUCAAGAUACACAGACACCAUGCUACUAUGGGAUAACUGGCUGCACAAGCAAUGGCUUCUUUACCAUUGUUCUUCAAAAGGAGCUAACCAAGCCGGACCUGGACCUGAAUUCGGUAUCCUUGGCAAACCCUGUAGGGUCACAAUGUUCACCAGUGUUCUCCUCCACAGACAUAAUGGUCUACAAGUUUCCUGUUUCCGAAUGUGGUGCUGUGAGAAAGACUGAAGGCAACAAUGUAAUGUAUGAAGUGAACAUAUUGGCAACAAAGGAGCUUCUUGUAGGGCGUGCUGGGACUAUCACCAGAGAUGGUGACUUUGGGAUGACUGUAACCUGCACUUACAAUGGAAGUCAAGCUCUGGCUCUGCAGGUGACUGUCCACACUAUGGCCCCCCCUCUCCCUGCAACUGAUGAGGGUUCAAUGAGACUGGAGUUGAGGAUUGCUAAAGAUGUUGGUUAUAAUACUUGGUAUGUUGCCAAAGACUAUCCGGUCCUAAAGUUCCUCAGAGACCCUAUAUAUGUGGAGGUUCAAAUCUUGGGUCGAACUGAUCCUUCUAUUGUAUUGGUACUAGAGGAAUGUUGGGCCACUCCGUCUGCAGAUCCAAAUGACAACAUCUUCUGGAAUCUUCUUGUAGCAAGCUGUCCUUAUACUGGAGACAACUACAUAACUGUCAUGCAUCCUGUAGAUGCUGGAUCUGGGCUUCAGUUUCCCACUCAUCAUAAAAGGUUUGAGCUGAAGACCUUUGUGUUUUUGGACUCCACUGCAGUGCCCCUGAGUGGCAAUGUGUUUAUCCACUGCAGUGCUACAGUUUGUCACCCAAGUAGUAGAGAUACCUGUACUACAACUUGUCCACCAAGGUACAGAAGAAGUGUGAAUCAUUUGAGCAUCGUGGACAAUGAGGAGGCUGUGGUAUCUUCAGGCCUUCUGAUUCUCAGACAACCAGAGCUUAAUCGUUCAGCUGACCGAUAUGACAAAGGCAUGUAUUCUGACCUGAUCCUGCAGAAAAAAGAGGCAGAAUCUACAACGGUGCAUGCUCCCCCUGCCCAAGAAGAAAUGGCAGGACCUGCCAUAUCUUCCAUUCAGGAAACUUCCAGCUUGGGUGUUCCAGCUACAUACAUCUGGAUUUCAGCAGCCUUUGUAUUUACUGCUUGCCUGUGUGUUUUAGCAGUGGUCUCUGUCCACAAAUGGAUAAAGAAAAAUGCUGUAAAGUGUCAAAACUGCUCUUGAGAAAUAAAAAUACUAAAAUUUGA